AGAGAAAUGCCCUCUGUCGCAAAUACUAAGAAUCUUGUAUUAAUAUUGAGAUGAGCUUUAUUUAUUUACUAUCGAAAUAAACUUUGUUAUAAUAUAAUUAUCAGUGAAAAUCAUAUAACUUUUACCUCUUCUUAUAAUUAUUAAUUCUGUAUUAAAAACUAUGUCUAAUGAGGAGCGUUUGAGGAAGCUACUCUCUGACUUAGGUAAAGCUACAUUACGUGGAAUUCGUAAAUGUCCAAAAUGUGGAACUUAUAAUGGAUCUCGUGGUUUGUGUUGUAAAAACAAAUACUGUGAUGCAGUAUUUAAAGAACCUGGUGAAAAAAGAAAAUUGUCAACCGAAGCAUGUAAACUUAUUACGGGCACAACUGCUCAAGUUUUUUCUGUAAGAGUUAGAGAUAAAGGUCCAGAUUAUCGUGGAUUUGUUCAAUUACCAUUAAUAAAUGCCACAAUUUCUAAUGAAAUGACAACACUCAUUUCACAAUCCACUGCAUUGUGUUUUGUUGAUAGUUGUGAAAGAAGUUUUGAUACUAGUGUUCUUAAAUGUCAUGAAAAAAAUUCAUCUGAUGUGCCUGUCACUGCAUGUCAACAUAUACAGGCAGCUUUAAGAUGUUACGCAGAAGCACAGCCAUUAACUUUAAGGAAUUCUAUUCUAUCAUCUUUAAACGUAAAUAAUGAAACGAAGCAAGAAAUUUGGCUAUUAGCUACAGAAACUUCUGGUCCUUUAGUGCAACGUGUAUCUAAAAAUAUAAUGGCCGUAAAAUGCAAGGCUUCGCCUAAACAUCCAUUAGGUUACCUUCAUUUUUCUUUUUUUGUUACAAAAUUAAAAGACAGAAUCGAACAUCGUUAUUUUUGUUCUUGUUCUACAUUUAAAGGUAUAGGAAAAACAGCAGGAGACAAACCAGAUAUAACACAAUCUUCUCAAAGUAAACGUUGCAUACAUUUUUAUGCUUGUAUUUGUGCAUUUGCUAGUGAUACAAAAUUGUCAGAAGAAUUUAGUUAUUAUAUUAAUUUAGAUCAAAAUGAUUUAAGCAUAUCAAAACCAUUAACAACAGUAUUACAUAAUGAUGAGCAAGAUAAAAUAGUGGGGAUUGAUCUUGAUAGUCUAACUACGGAUGAUACAGAUACACAUCUUUUAAUAUUUCGAGAUGAUACUUUAACAGUUCAAAGUUUAGAUGGAAAUAGAUUAGAUUUGGAUUCAAUGAAUUUAGAAUCUACAAUUUUACCACAUAGUAUUGUUGAAAAUAUCGAAGUAGAAUGUGAUCGUACCUUAUUAGAAGAUAAUAUGAUAUCCCAGGUGAAUAAUUUAGAAGUAAUUAAUCAAGAUAAUGUACAACUUGGUGAAGACACAGUUAAAAUGAUAGAUGAUCAAACAAGUAUAGAUUCUAAAUAUAAUGUGCUUAAUAAUAGUCAAUAUAUAUUAAAUGAUAAUAAUAUAAAGAUAGUAAAUACUGGAACUUUAAAAAUUCUUGAUACAAAUGCAAUUUUAGAUGUGAAUAAUAUGAAAUUAAUUGAUGCUAAUACUGUUUCAAAUACAAAUAGUGUAAAAAUAAUAGAUAAAAACAUAUUAAUACAAUAUGAUACUGGAAAUAUAUCAAAUACAGAAAGUAAUAACAUACAACAACCGAUUUCGACAAAACGAAAAAGAGAUGAUAAACCAACAAGCACAAAUAUCACAAGUCUGAAUAAUUUAAAUUCAAUAGAACCAAGGAAAGCUAAAACAAAAUUACAUAUUGUUAAGAAAUAUCAAAAUCCUUGUGAAGAUUUGGAUGAAACAAACAUAAAUUUACCUUUCAUCAAAUGGCUUGCAUCGAUAACAGAAAGAAUAAAUCAAACUAUGCAUUUUCAAUUUGAUGGAAAGCCAGAUCCUUUAGUAUUCCAUGUACCGCAAAUAUUUUUUGAUUGUUUACGAGAGAGAAUAUCUUGCGGAGAAAAAAAACGUUUGCCAAAUUCAACAACGGCAUUUGUUCGAAAAGACGGUGUACCAUUAGGUACUUUUACUAAAUAUACUUGGCAAAUUACUAACAUUUUACACGUUAAAAGUAUUUUCGAAACGCCUCUUAUACCAUUGGAAAUUACAAGAAGUUUUGUGCAAAAUGCAGAUGGUACAUAUGAAUUGUAUAAAAGAGAGGAAACAGAAAUAGAUCGAUAUAAAAAAACUAAUAAUAAUGCAUUAAUUAAACCUUUAGAAUUAAAAACAUAUUUGAAAGUUGGAAAUACUUCUCCGAACCAAGUUGAACCAACACCAUUUUUAAUAGAAUGGAUACCAGAUAUUUUGCCAAUAUCAAAAAUUGGUGAGCUCAGAAUUAGAUUUGAGUUUGGUCAUGUAAAAAACGAAACAAGCCAUAGAUGGAGAAAAAUAGCACUAUUAAAAAACUAUUAAAUUUCAUAUUUGUAAUAUUUAUAUUUA